ACAAUGGAGUGAGUUACAGACCUCUGAUGCAACUUUCAUUCUUUUUGUUGUGACUUUAUUUUUUCGAAAACAGUGCCUGGGCUUGUUAAUACGUGUUUUAAAAGGAAAUCUGUAAUAUAUGUGAGUUUUAAUUAAUUAGAUCUUCAGCAGGUGGGAGUGAAGAGGACUGGACUGAUUUUAUUCCACCAGGAUAAUUCACACAGGAGCCCAUAGAGUAGAAGAAGGACCCUCAGUGUGGGUUUAUUGUGGGCCAGAUGUGACUAAAUCUCUGUAGUGUAGACAGUAAACUGAGGAACAUGUUGGAUUUUCUGUCUUUAUCUUCCUGUUGUAUGAGUAUUUUUCACAUUCAGACCUAAAACUCCUGUGAAACUCAUCAGACAGACAGCAGAGGCUCCAGAAGGUGUUGAAGCUCCAGGACAUUGUUUUUGUGUUGAAGGUCGCAAUGACGGAUCAGAGAUACUCAAGUUUGGAUGAAACGUCCCUUCAGAAAUUGCUCGAUGGCACUGUGGAUAUGACCGAGCGGCGACUCAUACGCUCAGCUAUUCGAGAGCUGCGCCACCGUGAGAUUGAAGACCUGGAGGCUGCGCUGACACACAAGCGAUUCAGACGGGCCCAGGAGCACAGACAUGAUGAUAAAGAAAAUCAGCAUCGGCCUGAUUUGGCAGCAUCCUUGGACUUGCUUUCUCGGAAGCUCCAGGACAUUAAGAACAUUGAUGAGCUCUCUGCGAUGUUGCGUAGUAGCACAGAGUACGAAGAGAGGAAACUCAUCCGUGCUGCCAUUCGCAGACUGAGAGAUGAAGAGAUUGAGGCAGGUGCACUAGAGAAGGUUCAUUUAACUGGGCAGCAGAUGGAGAAGCAACAAAAGCCUCAAAGAAACUUGGACUUGGAGGACACACCAAAGGAAAUCGUGGACAAGUCUGAACGGAUUGAGAAACUCCACAGAGAAUCUCAGAGCAAAGACGCCCCUAGAACAGGCUGUAAGUCUGACAUGGUGUUGGUGUUGGACCCGCUCCAGGAGAAGGUGUCUUGCCCUCUGACUGCCCGCUCUGAGCUUGACUCUCCUUCCUCUGAUGUCUUUCCUCGGUAUCGGACCCACUCCAAUUCCAGCGCCUCAGCGCGCACUCACGGUUCCUACAACUGCUCCAGAGUGUGCGCUUCUACUACUUCGGAUCAAGUGGACGAGACCCCCAGUGGAUCCUCACUAAGCACUGAUCCAGAGGUUGAUGCUCAUGAGAAGAUUGAGCAGUGUGCUACAAACACCACCACCGAAGACACACUCGAUGGGGCUGUGCACUCCAUACAGAGACGACGUGCCAUCAGAAAGCCGUCCGAAGACGUCACAUUGAAGCAGAAGGACACAUCCAGCACGAAUAAGCCACUGUUUCCUGUUCGAAAUGAUGCAGCAUUCACAAACACAACGCUGUCCUAUCCGUCGUUCAGCCGAGCGGGUUCAGUCCGUGACCGGGUGCGCAAGUUUACAGAACCUGCAGCAGUUUCCACUGAGAAAAGGAGCGAGCCGAGAAGCCUCCACAGAGCAAUCGACUCUGCGAACACAGUUGGUGUGUCACUGCCUGCUCCAGAUCACUCUCAGGACAUCACUCCAUCCUUUCCUUCUUUCUCCCCGUGCACCUCUUCAGACGGAGGGGUAAACCCCGACCAAUCACAGUGCGCAGUGGGCGGUCCGCAGAGUACUACUGAAAAUGUCAGGCGUGCUUCUUGUAGCUCAGAAGAGACUGAGACUCCCAGAGGAACAGCAUCUUCAGACACACAGGAAGUCCAGGGAGAUCUUCAGUCCAACAUGAAGGCCUUCCUGACUAUCGAGAUCAAAGAUGGAAGAACCUCAGCUACUCAGGCGUCAUCAUCGGCGUCCGGAGCGAUGCCACGUAUCCUCGCUGGCUCUGCUGCACAGAGAGCAGAGCUAACACUUGGUCUGAGAGCAACACCAUUCAAGCUGACCAGCUCCAGCAUCUCAACAGGAUCCUCCCACAAGAUGGAAACAGAGCCUGUGUUUGCAAUCGAACCUGCUCUUCAGACGGCCAAUGAGGCCCCACUCGUCCAGAACAGUUCCUCAGUAUCCCAGCUGAAGACAGACGCACACAGCGGCACGCUUACCUCUGAACAGCUUGAGGCCAUUGAGGAGGAGGAAAUCCUGGACAAAAUGCUUGAUGACUCCAAAGAUUUUGAGGAGAGAAAAAUGAUUAGAGCAGCCCUGAGAGAGCUCCGAAAGAAAAAAAGAGACCAAAGGGAGAAGGAGAGGGACCUGCGUCUGCAGGAACUGAGGCAGCAGAGAGAGGAAAGGGCUCAGAAGAAUCGGCCAGGCGCAGGAGAGGUGGUGGUGAAGAAAAUCGAGAAGUCUGCUGAUGGCUCCAUCAGCCAGGUCACAAAGACCAACCGCUUUGCACAAUCAGAUGGCGGCAGGAUGACCCGCAGCACGAUCAUGGAAUCUGUUUACACACAGAAAUCUGAUGGGGGGAUGAUGCAGACGAAGUCCUACAGCUACUCCUCUUCCUCCAGUACAAACAAGAAGAUUGGAAGUGUGUUUGAUCGUGAGGACGAUACCUCGCGCAGUGGAGGCAGUCUGGCGGCGCUCGAGCGCAGACAAGCGGAGCGUAAAAAGGAACUCAUGAGGGCUCAGACAAUGCCUAAAACCUCCACCUCGCAGGCACGGAGAGCCAUGAUCGAGAGGCUUGAGAAGGAUGGAGGCGGCAACUCCCCCGUUGCACAGGUGAAGGUCCAGCGCUCCACUAGCUUCGGUGUUCCCAAUGCUAACUCCAUUAAACAGAUGCUGCUGGACUGGUGCAGAGCGAAGACUCGUGGCUAUGAUAACAUAGAUAUUCAGAACUUCUCCUCCAGCUGGAGUGAUGGGAUGGCCUUCUGUGCUCUGGUGCACAACUUCUUCCCGGAGGCCUUUGACUACUCCACUCUCAGCCCGAGCAAUCGCAGGCAGAACUUUGAGGUGGCCUUUAAAACAGCAGAGAAGCUUGCCGACUGUCCCCAGCUUUUGGACGUGGACGACAUGGUGCGGCUGCGGGAGCCUGACUGGAAGUGUGUGUAUACGUACCUGCAGGAGUUCUACAGAGGCCUGGUGCAGAAAGGCUUGGUCAAAACCAAAAACUCCCUCUAAGAUCCAAACUGAUCCAAAGACGGGCCUUUGCGAAUUGUAUGCCCCUGUUGGAAGUGGAGGACAUGAUGAUAAUGGGCAAGAAGCCUGACUCCAAGUGUGUCUUCACCUACGUGCAGUCGCUGGUCAAUCACCUGCGCAGAUACGAGAUGGUGUGUCGAGCACGCUCGGAUCACUGAGCGCUUGCUUUUGCUUACUCACUCACUCACUAACACCCUGAAAGCUGAUGCCAGCAGGGUUUUUUUUUUUUUUUUUUGGUAGAACAUUGAACUGUUUGCUCUUAAUUCUUUUCCUCGUAUCCCACAUUUUACCCGUAACAAACCAAACGGUCAAAUGUUACAAAAGAUCAGUGAAUAGUACUAUAAUUCAUAAUAGUACUUUAGAGCAUUAAAAAAGAUGGUUUAAAAACUUGUCAGCUAUGUAUAUAACUUGUUUUAGCAAAAAAAAAAGAAAGAAAAGCUUUUAUUUGGAAUCCCAGAAAAGAUAUCAUGCCAUGAUGCUUUUAUUUUAUUUCUAUGCCCGAGGCAUGCCGCGAGUUUAUCUAAUAUUUUAACGGCUUGUAACUUUAUUCUGUGGUACUGUCUGUGAUAGAGGAAUCUAAUCUGCAUGCUUCACCCUUUUGUUUACUUGAAAUUUCUUUUGAACUCCUUUCGAUCAUAAGGCACAAGUGACUGAAGUCUGCCGUGAGCCGUGAUGUGCAGAUACGAUUUCUCGCCGCUUUGCGUUUUCACAGUGCCUCCCCAUGCUAAAACAGUUUCACCGGAUCCAGUUUACUAACUGAGCUUCAACACUAGUUCUGGUUUUCUCCAGCUGAUUGAAAGCAGACUCUCUCCAGUGAGAUUACGGAUUUGAUUUGAUUUGACAUGACUGGCUUCCACUCCAUAGUAGGAGAACCGUUUCAGCAUGGAGAUUCCACAACACGCUGCAGUCCACCACAGCUCAGCCUCUCCGACAUGUACAGACAGCAGCGUGUUCCUGUAAUUUAUGCUUUUACGCUCCUGAGUUGCAUUUUAAUUUUUUAAAAUUUAUAUCCAUAAACAAUGCUUUGAAGGAUAAACAGGCUUGCUUGUUAGGGAUAAAUUUUAGUUCAUAUGUUUUAAAGUCUUUUUCUCUAAAGCAGCUUUGCGACAAUGCCUAUUGUUAAAAGCGCGAUACAAAUAAAUUGACUUGGACAUAAUUCGCAAAAAUGACAAAUGGCUCAUCAGUGAUACAAGUUUUCACCCUGGAUAUGGAGACAGAAGGGAACUGUUUCAGCCAUGCGUACCCUGGGUCCAGCCUUUUUUUUUUUUUUUUUUUUUUUCCCUUUUAACUUAAACCAAGAUGAUUUCUGCUUACCUGGAGUGUGUAAAGCUGUUUUUAUUAUUUAUAUGUAUUUGAGCAGUUUGUAACUAUUGGCUUGAUGACUGAUCUGCAAAUAAUUUUAUUUAACAAAUUACACGGAUUUACAGGGCUGACUUUAACGCUGUAUUCAUUUUACUGUAUUUAGCUGAGAAUUCAUUUAAUGUGCCAAUAAGCUGUCUUUCUGUUAACUAGUAUUUAAAAAACAAACAAACAUGGCAUUAAAACACUAUACUAAAGGUUAAUGUGAUCCUGUAAUGUUAUUCGUUAGUCUUAGCCAGUCUUUUUUGUAAUUUACUCAAACCAUCAUGCUAUAAAUUUUGUGAACAUGGAGGAGAGUGAAUCAAAUGUAGUGUCUCUCUCCCUCCUUCCCAAACAGGAUGUGAUCUGAAGCCUUCUCAUGAGCAGCACCUUCUGAUUAAACAGUGUUAUUAUAAGCUUCAUAAGGAAAAUAACAGCAGGUGAUGUUCUAAUCUAGUAUACAGUGCCUUGCAAAAGUAUUCAUCCCCCUUGGUGUUUCUCCUGUUUUGUUGCAUUACAAGCUGAAUUAAAAUGGAUUUUGGGGGGUUAGCACCAUUUGAUUAUAAGACGAAAAACAGAAAUCUGGACUGUGUAUAGAUCUUCAACACCUCCCACCCCAGUCAAUACUUUAUAGAGCCACCUUUUGCUACAAUUACAGCUGCAAGUCUCUUGGGGUAUGUCUCUAAUAGCUCAGCACAUCUAGCCACUGGGAUUUUUGCCCAUUCCUCAAGGCAAAACUGCUCCAACUCCUUCAAGUUAGAUGGGUUGCGUUGGUGUACAGCAAUCUUCAAGUUAUGCCACAGAUUCUCAAUUGGAUUGAGGUCUGGGAUUUGAUUAGGCCAUUCCAAGACAUUUAAAUGUUUCCCUUUAAACCACUCCAGUGUAGCUUUAGCAGUAUGUUUAGGGUCAUUGUCCUGCUGGAAUGUGAACCUUCAUCCCAGUCUCAAACCUCUGGCUGACUCAAACAGGUUUUCCUCCAGAAUUGCCCUGCAUUUGGGGCCAUCCAUCUUUUCCUUCAGUCCUGACCAGCUUUCCUGUCCCUGCAGAUGAAAAACAUCCCCACAGCAUGAUGCUGCCUCCACCAUGCUCCACUGUAGAAAUGGUGUUCUCAGGGUUGUUGGGUUUGCGCCACACAUGGCAUUUUCCAUGAUGGCCGUAAAGUUUUUAAUUUUUGUCUCAUCUGACCAGAGAAUCUUCCAUGUGUCUGGGGAGUCUGCCACAUGCUGUUGGGCAAACUCCAAAAGUGGUUUCUUAAAGGGAUAGUUUGGGAUUUUUGACAUGAAUCUGUAUGGCAUC